CAAGAGCCGGAAGUUUGCCGGCUGGUGUCGCACGUGUGUGUUGUACAGAGAAACAGCAGAGUUGUUGGUGGGAGAAGUAUUGAAGUUUCUGUCUUUUUCGGUUGUAAAUAUGACUAAGAUAAAGAAAGAGAAGAGUGUUUCUGAGGAGGAAACCGGAGGGACGGAGAAAUCCUACCAGGAAUUACUGGUUAAUAUCAACCCCAUCGCUAAUCCUCUGGCUUCACGCAAGUUAAGCAAGAAACUGUACAAGUGCGUCAAAAAAGCGGCCAAGCACAAACAGAUUCGCCGAGGAGUCAAAGAAGUACAAAAGUUCAUCAAUAAAGGAGAAAAGGGGAUUGUGGUACUUGCCGGAGAUACACUUCCAAUUGACGUGUACUGCCACUUACCAGUCAUGUGCGAGGACAAAAAUCUGCCCUACGCUUACAUUCCAUCGAAGGUGGACCUGGGAUCCUCAGCUGGUUCGAAAAGGCCCACUUGCGUGAUCAUGAUAAAACCACACGAAGAAUACAAGAAUGCUUAUGAUGAGUGUCUGGAAGAAGUUUCUGCCCUGCCCAAGCCUUUAUGAGUGCUUUCGGCACCGUUGUGCAUGUGGUGUGUGAACCUACUCGCAAUACGUGGCUUAGAAGUGAAGUCCUUAUUGAGUUUGUGGGUUGUGUAGAAGUUGGACCAUCUAAUUCACUUCCUCGGUGCUUCAUGGACUAUCAAUGGUUGUUGAUUUUGGACUGCAACAUCAGGAAUUCUGAUAUAAACAGUAGAAGUAGAAGCCGGUUAAUUUUAUAUUUUUGGUUGAAACAUUGACUGUAUUUCUGUUCUGCUCUCGUAUUAAGAGAACGUUCAUUUUAUUUUGUGUUGUUGCUUUUUAGUUGUAAGAUUAUAUUAGUAUUUGGAUCAGAUGUCAUGACUGUUGAGCCUGAUGUCUUUUACCUGUGUAUUUUUCCUAAUGUGCAUGAAUAAACUUAAACGCUGGGGCAAAAAUGGCCCACGGUAAUGCCACAGAA